GGCAUUGACGUAAAUAAGAUAACCUAGUAAACAACUCAAAACGGCUUUUUCUCGACAUUAUUAUUCCAAUUACUUUGAAUACAAAAUAUUUCAGCCGAUACAUUUUCACUGUUUAAGUGUUUAAAGCUAAAACAGAGCGAAAAUCAUUUAAAAGUACGUGACGUAUCAUCCUGCUGUAAAGCAGUUUGUCGUGUUUGGGUUGUCAGUGUUGAAAGAACCUGCUUCUGAAGAAGGAUGUGGAGAUUUAAAUUACAAUUUUUAGCGUUUUGGGCUUUUUUGUCUAAAGAUUUUGUCACGUUUGCGCUUCAGGAUGUAACGGCUGAGCUUUUUGGGAAAGAAAAAUCCGGAACAGUGGCAGCGUUUGGGGAUUUUAACUCGGAUAAACAGACUGACAUCUUUGUUAUCAGAGAGGGUUCGGAAGUUGUGAUCUUCUUGGCCGACUCCAAAUCCCCUUACUUCAAGCCGAAAGUUCAGAUCACCAAGGACAUUUUACCAAAAGACACUGUCGUCACCAGCGUGGUUCCUGGAGAUUACGAUGGAGACUCACAGAUGGAUGUCCUUCUUACUGCUCAGAUCAAACCAGGAAGAACAACCGUGUUCAUCUUUUGGGGGAACAACCAAACAUUAGAUACAUCUGGAUGGCUAACGCUGAAUAAGACUUUUACAGAUCAGCCUCUCAUUAUGGACUUCAACGGCGACAUGAUCCCUGAUGUUUUUGGAGUUACCAGUCCUCCUCUCACUGAAGUCUGCUUCCUCUCUAGCAGGAAUCCUGAGUGGCACAAUGCGCUGAGUUCCUCUGUAAAAAUGCGCGUCCCGCACUCCAACGCUUUCAUUGAUCUCAACAGGGACUUUACUGCUGAUUUGUUCCUGACAACUGAAGGGGCAACGUUUGAGACCUGGAUCAACAAGGAUGGAAACUUUACCAAGGCUGGAGUCAUGUCAAAGUCAGACGUCAAGAUUGUGGGACAGUCCUCCUUUGUGGAUUUUGAUGGCGAUGGCUACCAGGACCACCUCCUUCCUGCCUGUUUAGAUGAAAGCUGUCAGCAGAGUACCAUCUACCUUUCCAAGUCGGCCUCAAAAGAGUUGGUGCCGGUCCUGUCAGACUUCAAACAGAAGGACACACUGUGGGGCUUUGUGCCAGGAAAACCCAGUCAACCGCUGGUUCUCCACAUCGGGGAUUAUAACCUGGACGGCUUCCCUGACGCUCUGGCGAUCCUUCGGAACAUCAGCGGCAGCGGUCAGCGCGCCUUCCUGUUGGAAAACGUGGCGUGCUCGAGCCCCGGCUGCAGCGGCGUCGGCCGCACCUUCCACAUCCACUGGGACCAGAGCGAUCUGGGAGCCAUCCAGAACGCAGUCAUGGCCACUUUCUUUGACAUCUAUGAGGAUGGUAUUUUAGACAUGCUGGUUCUGAGUCAACCAGACGGCCAAACGGAUCCGGUCAUCCACGCCUUGAAGAACAAUUUCGAAGCCGAUGCGUAUUUUGUAAAAGUGAUGGUGCUCAGCGGCCUCUGCUUUAAUGACUGUAACGAACAUGUCAAGCCUUUCGGGGUGAACCAACCAGGUGCCUAUGUCAUGUACACCACAGCAGACUCCAAUGGCAAGCUGAAAAAUGCCUCAGCCGGUCAGUUGAGUCAGUCGGCUCACUUCUCCCUUCAGCUGCCCUACACCGUGCUGGGUCUGGGACGCAGCGCCAACUUCCUGGAUCACCUUUUCGUCGGGAUCCCCCGAGAGGCCGGAGACACGAACAUAAGGAAGCAGGAGUGGACCGCCAUCAUUCCCAACUCCCAGCUCAUCGUCAUCCCUUUCCCUCAUGAUAAUCCUCGCAGCUGGAGCGCAAAGUUAUACCUGACUCCGAGCAACAGCGUUCUCCUGACAGCCAUCGCACUGAUUGGAGUCUGCGUCUUCAUCCUCGUCAUCAUCGGGGUCCUCCACUGGCAGGAGAAGAAAGCGGAUGACCGGGAGAAGCGGCAGGAAGCUCACCGCUUCCAUUUUGACGCCAUGUGAAGCGGCGAGGAGCUCUUCUCCAUCCCCUCCCACUCCAGCCGCACCGCCACCGCCUCCACGGACUCAUCUCAAGGGCCAACAAACGAAUACUCAUUUAGUCCCAAACCUCUUUUUUGAUAUUUUCCAGUCCUCCAGUCAGAUGUGAAAUAUUUUAUGUUCCCUUUGAUUUAUUCAUUCCAGUGUUAGAAGUACAGAAGCUGCAACCAAUCCUCCAGGAGAAAAUUCCCAGGAUAAAGCCAGGAGUCGUUGCAUCCUCACCUGUUCUGAUCAGAUCUGUUAUAUCACUGGAACCUCCUCUCCUGUGUGUUUGUACCUGAAGCUUGAAUCCACUCAUCUGUGUGUUCAUAAACUAAACAGAUCAUGAUCCUGGAUGAUUCUCACAGUAAUCAUGAGCAGAUCCUUAGGACGGCUCGUGGUGGGAGUGCCAAACGUUCUGCAUCAACGUGUGUUUGUCCUGCUGAAGCAGACUCCCUCCAGCUGCACUUUUAACCUCUGCUGUAUUUGGAUUCCGUGUAUUUAUUUUCUGCAGAUGAGCUGUUUGCACUAAAUGAUGUCUGUAAUUUAAGUCUUUUAUUGCUUGCAAACGAAAAGUGUUUACCAGCUGAUAAUAAAGGUUCCUCAGCUGAA